CCUUUUUGAAAUAAAAUCCCAGCACAAGCUCCCACAUAUUUUCUCCAGGAAUCACAACAAUUCGUCAUCUCUCUCUCUCGCUCUAAAAACCCAGUUUGCCCUACGCAAAAUUCAAAUUUUGAGCAAAGAACAGUCAUGGCGAACGAGAAAGUGAACAGGAAACUGAACGGAGAAGAAAAUGAAGAAGAAGAGGAGCCGAAAAUCCCCGUCUUCACAGUCCUCAAGAACGGAGCCAUUCUCAAGAACAUCUUUAUCGUCAACAAAUCCCCCCCGCCGCCGCACUCCAAACCCAUCUCCGCAGUCCACCGGAAAACCCAUGAAGAAAUCUUGAUCGUUGGCCGACACCCGGACUGCAACAUCGUCUUGACUCACCCCAGCAUCAGCAGAUUCCACCUCCAAAUCCUCUCCGACCCCUUUUCCCAAAAGCUCUCUCUCACCGAUUUGUCUUCAGUACAUGGGACUUGGGUUUCGGACAAGAAGAUCGAGCCGGGAGUUCGAGUGGAGCUGAGCGAAGGGGACAGGCUCCAGCUUGGUGGUUCCAGCAGGGUCUACAGCCUGCACUGGAUUCCUAUGAGUCGGGCCUAUGAUUCUGAAACCCCUUUCGUGCCAUUCAUAGAGCACGAAGAUGAUGAAAGUGCAGAACAAGUAGUGGACCAGUGGGAGAAUUCUUUGUCAGCUGAAAACAAAAAACCUGAAUCUCCAGAUUCAAAUUCAGAGGGUAUAGAAUCGUCGUUCUCCGAUGAAAUUGUGGGAGUAAUUGGGAAGAUGGACGUCCCAUCAGCACCUCCACUGCCGGAGAAUGCCAUUUACUCAGUCUGUGAUCAAAGUGAAGAAGGUGGUGAGAACUUAUCAAAAGGUAGCGGUGAAGAGAAUGAAGUGUCAAGCUUCUGGGCAUUUGGAACGGAGUCGGUGAACCUGUUUAUGAAUAUGGAAGAAUCUAAUCCUAGUCGAAAGGAAAACCAGCACCUACAGCCUUACUGUGUCACAGAAGAGGUUUCUGAAAGAGAGAACCCAGAGAAUUCCGUUUUUACUGCAGAGGAAGGAGAAGCUUAUCAUGCUGUGCAUGUGCCUGAGGAAACUGAGAACCAAAGCCAAUUGGGAAAAGACCAUGGAAAGAAUGAUCUUUCGCCUCUUGUGACUGGGGAAAUCCUCGAGGAGACUAAAAUUCAGCUAAUUGAGAAAGAAAAUCUGACCCUGGAAUCAAAACCAAACUUGCCAGUCAACCUGAAUGCUGAACAUUCUACCGGUGAAAAGGAAGAUGAGGCAUAUCCUGCUACUCAAGUACCUGAGGAAUUUGAGAGCCAAGGCCCUUCGAGAAAAUAUCAGGGACAGAUUGAUUGUAUAUGUCUUUCCUCUGGACCUCGGGUGAUGGAGAACUCAUCCUUGCGGACUGGGGAAGUCCUUGAGGAGGACAAAGAUGAACAAAUUCCAGAAGAAAACCUGACCCGAGGACCAAAACCGAACUUGCUGAUUAGCCAAAAGUUUGAACAUUUUGAUGAAAAGGAAAAGGAAGCUUAUGCUGCUGCUUCUGUACCUGAGAAACUUGAGAACCAAAGCCCAUUGGGAAAAGAUAAUGGACAGACUGAUAUUUCAUGUCUUUUUUCUGGACCUCUUGUGAUGGAGAACUUAUCAUUGCCAAUCGGGGAAGUCCUCGGGGAGACCAAAGAUCAGAAAGUUGUAGAAGAAAGCCUGACCCCAGAACCAAGAUCCAGCUUGCCCUUUAACCUAAAUUUUGAACAUUCUGAUGAAAAAGAAUGUCUAGUGGAUGUGAGUUGUGGAGAAUCGGAAAACAAAAGCGUGGCACCAGAAGAUCAUGAAAAGAGGGAUACAAGCAUUUCUUCUGCACUUCUUGUGACAGAAUCUGGAAACUCAUCUAUGUCAGAGAUAAUGGAUGACAAAGAGAGCCAGACCCCACAAUCUCUCUUUACUGCAGCAGGACAGCCUGAAUCGGAAUUCUGUGAAAGUCCUCCACUGAGAUCAGAGAAUAAAUCAAGUACGAGGAUGGGAAGCGUUUGGGCAAGAAGAGGCAAACCUGCUAGUGCUGUAAAGCUUCAAACAGAUAAGAGCAGAGGAAAAUCUACAGAGGCUGGGUAUGAUGAUGAUAUUGAAGAGGACGAGGAGAUCUUUACUCCAGACAAGGAAAAUUUCACCCCAAAUACUAUUCGACUGAGGUCUUUGAAAAAGAAGGGUACGAUAAAAGUUAAGCAUUCCAAAUCAAGCACAUCAUCCUCGUCGAAGCUAAAUCUAGUCUCCAAUAUCCAUCAACAAGAGCUGAUUGAAUCCCCAGGAAAAGAGAACCAGAUAAUGAAGGAACUCCAGGAAACAAAAUUAGUAGGAAAUACUUCUGGAAAUCAAGCAAGGGUGGAGAAAAAGUUGACAGUAACAAAAUUAAGAAGAGAAAGGAUUCCCUUUCAAUCACUAAAAAGCUCCGGAGGCAAGAACAUAUCAGAAGACUCGGUCCCUAACACAGAGACAAAAAGCAGCAUAUCUUUCAGUUCUACUAAAAAUAAGGAGGUCGCCAAUGCACACUCUAAUAAAUCUGUUGGAGAAGGAAAGAGGAGCUGGACUAUGGUUGCAGACGCUACUACUCUUCUAGACAAGGAAUCAGGGAAGUCAUUGCAGUUUCUACAAGGUCUUAAGGGGACUCAGUUAAUCAUUCCAAGAAUGGUUAUACAGGAACUGGAUUGCUUGAAGCAACGUGGCAGCCUUUUCAGAAAGAAAACAGAGGCUGAAUCGGUUCUGGAAUGGAUCGAAGAAUGUAUGGUUAAAACAAAUUGGUGGAUCCAUGUCCAGAGCUCAAUGGAAGAUGGAAGACUGAUUGCUCCAACCCCUCCUGUUUCUCCGCAGUCUCUAUUUAGCGAGAAGAGUUGGUGCUUUCCUUCUGGGACAACGGGCUCAUUGACUUUUUCGAGGUGUGGGAGCACAAUGGACCUUGUAUCACCCUCCCCAGAAGACCAUAUCCUAGAUUGUGCUCUUUUACAUAGAAGGAUGAAGAGGAACGAUGGACAACUUAUCCUUCUCAGUAAUGAUGUUACCCUGAAGAUCAAAGCCAUGGCAGAGGGUUUGCUUUGUGAGACAGCUCAAGAAUUUCGUGAGAGUCUGGUGAACCCACUUUCUGAGAGGUUUAUGUGGCCGGACAGUUCUCCCUGUGGGCGUACAUGGUCUUACUCCGGCAAUGUAGCUUUGAGAGAAAAGUACAAUAGCUGUGGCCCUCUGAAGAAGUUGUCAAAUGGUGAAGGUGCAAAGGGCUUGAAGCUCAUUCUGCACCACAAUUCUCAUUACGGGCAGAUCCGUUAGAUGAACUUAAAAACAGUGUUCAUUUCCGUUCUCAACUCAAGUUGUAAUGGUGUUGUUAUGUCGAGCAAAAUGAUGCCGAAGAAGUUGACUUAUUUGUGCUUUAUCAAGCACUUCAACUUCUUUAUUUCAACUGAUUUUAUCAAGAACUUGAGGAUUCAAAUUGUCCUCAUGUGUCGGUUUUUCUGAAAGUAAUAUGCUAUUGAUUAAAGAAAGAACAAACUUGUAUGCACAAAGGGAUAAGGAUCGCCUCAUCAAAACCUUGUCGGGGAUGUAAGGGAUUAGAUCAAGAACUUGAGGAUUCGAAAUCUGUUGUUAUGCAUCAUUACAUCAUUCAAAUAAAACGAUGCUUUUAAGGA